UAUAAACGUUUAUAAAGUAUUGGUUGAUAUUUGGAAGCAGUUUAAUGCAUUUAUAUCCUUUUGUUUUUCAUAAUCCACUUUUUUAACUUUCGAUAAUACAAGAUACGUAAUUUUCUUCAAUUCGAAAUCUAGGGUUUCACUUCAUUGAUCUUUCAAGCUUCUUGUUGCGUUUCUUGUAAGCAGUUCUGCAGAUCUGAAUUCAGAUCGUUGAAGAUGUUUUGGCGUAUGACCGGUUUGUCCACUGUAUCUCCGGUGGACACAAUCUUGGAUCAGGAAAACUUUACACUAGAGGAGCUUCUUGAAGAGGAUGAAAUAAUUCAAGAAUGCAGAGCUCUUAAUAGCCGACUUAUCAAUUUCUCCUUUAAAUCUAUAUGAGCACAUCUUGGCUUCUUGGAUUCUGUAUGUUUUGCAGACUUGAGGGAAAGGACUCAAAUUGAACAGCUUUUGAGGUACAUAGUGGAAGAAGCUCCUGAGGAUGCUGCAAAAGGACGUGCUUUUAAGUACCCAUUUAUUGCUUGUGAGAUAUUUACCUGUGAAGUUGAUAUCAUACUCAAAACCUUGGUAGAGGACGAGGAGUUAAUGAACUUGUUGUUUUCCUUCUUGGAACCAGAACACCCUCAUUGUACUCUACUGGCUGGUUACUUCAGUAAAGUUGUUGCAUGCCUAUUGUUGCGGAAAUCGGCUCCUUUAAUCAACUACAUUCAAGCACAUCCAGACAUUAUCCAAAAGCUGGUUGACCUAGUAGGAAUUACAUCCAUCAUGGAGGUGCUUAUUCGUCUAAUUGGUGCUGAUGAAAAUCUCUACACCAGUUUUGCAGACUCAACAAAGUGGUUAGAAGACAUUGAUGUGUUAAAAAUGAUUGUUGAUAAAUUCAGUUCUUCAGAUUCUCCUCAAGUGCAUGCGAAUGCAGCAGAGACACUUUGUGCUAUAAGUAGAUAUGCUUCCCCAGGUUUAGCUGCUAAAAUAUCCAGUCCAAGUUUCAUAGCAAGAUUAUUUCAUCAUGCAUUGGGGGAAUCAAGGCCAAAAUCGGUUUUAGUGAAUGCAUUGUGUGUAUGUAUAUGUUUGUUAGAUCCAAAUAGACAAACAUCUGCAACAUCUUACUUCUAUAAUCGACAAUUGAUUCAUAAUUCAUCAGUAACAACAAAUCCAGAGAUUGUGGAAGGCAUGUUGGAGAGCUUAGGAAAUUUGUCAAAGCUGUUGGAAGUUUCAACAGACGAAAACGUUUUACUAACAACAUAUGGCAAGUUGCAACCACCUCUUGGGAAACAUCGCCUUAAGAUUGUUGAAUUCAUCUCAGUGCUAAUGAGUGUUAGAAGUGAAGCUGCAGAGAAUGAGUUAGUUCGCCUUGGUGUUUUAAGACGUAUUUUAGAAUUAUUUUUUCAGUAUCCAUACAAUAACUUCAUUCAUCACCAUGCUGAACAGAUUAUAGUUUGUUGCCUUGAGAGCAAGAAUGCUUCACUGGUUGAACAUAUUCUUGAGGACUGUAAUCUUGUCAGGAACAUUAUUGAUGCUGAGAAGAACAGUGCAUCCGAUACUGACAAAAAGAUUGAUUCGCCAACAGUCCUUGCUGAAGGAAGAGUGCCACCUAGGAUAGGGAAUGUUGGACACAUGACACGUAUAGCCAACAAACUCAUCCAAUUAGGGACUGAUAACACCUAUAUACAGGCACAUUUGCAGAAUAAUAGCGAAUGGGUAGAGUGGCAUGCAAAUGUACUUGAGGGACGCAAUGCACUUGAAAAUGUCUUACAGUGGGCUUGCGGGAGACCUACACCACUUCAUGAUCCAAGUAGGGAUAGUGAUGAUGAUGAUUACCAUGACAAAGAUUAUGAUGUGGCAACUUUAACCAAUAAUCUAAGCCAGGCGUUUGGGUAUGGUUUUUAUGAAAAUGCUGAUAGCAACGAGGUCUUGAAGAUGAACAAAGGGAAAGAAAUCAUGCCAACAUAUGUAUCACAAGAAGGGUCCAGUGUGUUGACCUCAAACGAAAAAUCAAAGAAAAUGGAAAGAGGAGAAAUGUCUGAAAUGCCCCAUAAUGUUCUUCAUCAUGAGUAUCAUCAUAAGGGUGCUAAUGGGAAUUGUCCUAAGGCUCCUCAAAAUUCAAUACACCCACGAAGAAUGAGUUUUGUUGACUUUGAACGGGAUAAAAGAGAUUUGAUGAGAAAGAAAAGACUAGUUGGUGAACAUAUAGAAGAUCUAAAGAGGGAGAUCAAAAGACUAAAACGACCUUCCUCUAAAAGAGACAAAGAAGAGAAACCCAGAGGGCAGUUUGCUUUAAAAGCUACAUCAUACAAAGUGACAAAGCAUGAGAAAGCGUGCAUGGAAAAUCAACACGUGUUUAUAGCAUUCACGUUUGAUACUUUUGGUUUCCUUGUGCAAGAUGUUGUGGAACUCCUCAGUAGACUCCACCCCACCAACAGGUCAUGCAUAGCUCAUGGCUCAAUGGAAGGAGAUGAUGAGGAUGUGUAUUUUGAUGAUGAAUCUGCUGAAGUAGUCAUAUCUUCACUUCAAUUGGGAGAUGACCAAGAAAGGGGAUCUCUUUUUACAAAUUCAAAUUGGUUUACUGCGGAUGAAGAGAAGGUGGAUUCCAAACCAUCAACUAAUGCCGCCUCACCUCCUCCCACCACCGAGGCAGCCCCUGGCGGCAAUGAUGGCGGUUUCACGCCGGAAAACAACGAUGAUUUGUCAGACACCGCCACGAGUUCAACCAAUGAUUCGAGACCCAGUGAGACCGAUAAACCACCGGAACAGGUUGACCGGAAAGAUUCCGGCGAACCAGGUGGCACCACCACCACCACCGCCACCGACCCCUCCGGAACAUCUCCGUUGAGCAGUGAACCUGAACCACUAAAGGUAGAGACUAGUGAUAGGGGAGAUGAAAGGGAGGCUUCAUCUUCCACUGCUGCCGAUGAAAUGGUGGCAGAGGGUGGCGGGCCGCCACGUUCUGAAACACAUACUGAUGGUGAAGAGAAAAAGUGAAUACUGUAAAUUUUGAUUUUUGGUUUUGGUGGGGUUGAGUUUUACUAAAAAUGUAUUUUUGAGAUUAGUUUUGGUGUAAAUUGUUAACGAAAUAGGGAUGACAAUUCUUUACCCUUGUCUUAGUUUUUUUUUUUUUUUUUUACUAAAUUGACGG